AUGGUGAACAACAAAAAGCGAAAGCUUGUGGAUGCAGAAUCUGUGACCGGCUGCCUGCAUCUGCGCGGUGCGAGUGAGACCGCAGUUUCUGAGAUAUCCUCAAGAAACCGUCCGAAGGACGAUAGAUGGUCACAGCGGACGUUCUGGCGUCGUGUUAGUGACUACUACGCCCCUCUGCGGAAAUGCUACUGCCGCUUGAAGCUGCAGAGCAGCCAAGGCUCGGACCUGGACUUUUGGGUGGCUGACGCACAAGCGAUGCUGCAGCAUGUCGUAGCACAGAGUGCACAGUGGUGCUCCAUGCUGCAGGCUGUGCUCGCGAGGACCGCAACUCUUCGUGUGAUCUUGUAUCACGACGAAUGCACCGCGGGCAACGUCUUGAGCGCAGCCAAGAAGCUCAAGGCUACCAUGUGGUAUCUCAGCUUCCAAGAGUUCCGCACAGUCUGCGCAAGGGAACAUGCGUGGCUGCCUGUGGCUCUGCUGCAGCAUCACGUCGCCGAUGCUGUGCUGGGCGGUGUCUCAGCCGCCACAGCCAAGGUCUUGCAGCACAUCUUGCAGCCUGCCAACCUGUUUGGCUUCGACCUAAAGAUAGGUGCAAGUGGUGGCCCUGCUCGUGUUCAGCUCGCCCCUACGGCCCUCUUCAUUGCAGAUCAUGAUGCCCAGCGGGCAACUUACUGCAACAAGGGGUCCAGCGGCUACAAGCCCUGUCUCUGGUGUGCGAACUUGCUUAAGCGCGAUGCUCCGCAGGCUGCGCUUGGCUCUGGAGUGUUCGUGGACAUCUGCGAGAGCAAAUUUUCCAGGUUUCACAUCGCAACUGACCAGGAGAUCUUCGCCGCAGCAGAUCACUUAGCCGACAUUGCCAAAGCAGGCGAACGGGCGACUAUGCAAAAAGCAUACGGCUUCAACUUCGUCCCAGGGUCACUGCUUCAAGAUGCCGACAUUCGAGCCAGAAUGCCUCCAUCUUGUGCAAGCAAUGAUGUGCUGCAUGCCUACUAUGUUAACGGGGUGGCCUCCUGGGAGGUGGGACUCGCCAUGCGGGAACUGCAGAGCAUCAGCAACAUGGAUGCCUUACGCUGCAUCGCCUGCAGCAGCAGCAUCAAGAAGCCUGGCCUCAGGAUCUACAAAUCCCAUGUCGCUGUGCAACAGAAAAGAACAAUAAAUGAGAGCCCAAAGUUCCAGAUCGCUGUGCUCUCUCGCCUGCUCAAUGUCACACUGCGAGAGUCAGAGGAGAAGGGCUUGCUGUUGCCUGCGGAGCUGCAGAAGCCCUUCCAGGCAGCAUCCUCUGAACUGCGAGCCUUGACUGGUGACCCCGAGCUCCGAUCCGGCAAAGCUUUGCAAAUCGGCAAUCUGCAGAUCCGACCCCAGGACGUCAUUCUGUGGGAUGCUAAAGCUGCCCAAGUGCUGGGAUGCUUCCAAGGAAGAUCCGGCUUCUGUGUGCUCACGCUGCGGCUACAGCUUCUGCGGAAGCAUGCUUGGGGGUCCGUCUGGCAAAUUACUGACAGACAGACCUUGCUGCCCCUGAGUCCUGCUGCAAACAUCGAUAUGCCGGUUUUCUCGAAGCAAGUAGGCGAGACAAUCUCCUGCCUGCACUGA